AUGAAGCGUGUUGACAUGCAGUCGGUCGAGAAAACUCACGAGCCGCUGGAGUGUGUCCUGCGACUGCCUCUCCCGAGCGCAGAGUCAGCACACAUCCUGAUGCAGGUGUUGCGCGUCGAGCCGCCGGUGUCAGGGACAUCAAAGGAGGUGCAGCUCUGGGCGGACGACAGCACACGGGCCACAGUCUACGUCAAGCUGGAGGCCGUUCAGGAAAGGUCGCUGCGGUCGGCGGUGGGUGCCCUCUUGGAGCAGGUGAAGCUCAUUUUAAGGACGAUGGACGCCUUUCCCGCUAUGGCACGGCACGCUGCGUAA